AUGACCAUAGUGGAAGUGAAGGUGGUUGGCGCCGUGUUUGAUGUUAUGACGGAGGAUAAGAUAAUCGGGCGAAGCGAUGCUGAGGGAAGAGCAAGGCUUCUAGCUUACGAGAGGUCAUUGAUUUUGAGGCCGAUUAAGACCAUACAAUCCAACAGAAGAUGGGCCCUAAGCCGACAGGGGUUGGACUUCUGGGCCCCGCUGGGCCAGCAGUCUAUUGGUAGAUAUAGCUUCAACAAUAAGAUCCACAUGAGUUCCGAGACUAGUCGAGCUGGUCAGUACGACGUGAUGGUCGCCAAACGCCGUGGUAAGGCUGUUGGAG